UAUUGAUAAAAUUGCGUAUUUUUGAAACUGUAUAAUUUGCAGUAUUUCUAGCGAUGGUGAUACUAUACGUACUCAAUUCAUAUCGUGAGGAAUCGGGGAAGCAAAAAUGUUUUCCCGGCAUGUAACUACCCGUUAAGUUGUGAUUGGUGGGUUUUUGUAUGCAGGGGUGGUUCAUGCAGGCAGUUUGUAUUGAACUUCUGUAACCGGCGCCAGUAACUAACCCUAAAGACAAAGAAAAGAAGUGUUGGAUUCCCGGUGAAUUAUGCAAGACUUCUCAUACUAGAAAAAUAACCACCAAAUACUAGAGAUAUUCUAUGAUAGUAGUACGUUCUUAACGGUGUCCCAAAUCGUAUUUCGCAAUGUCAGAAACACAACAAAAAUCGAAGUGUAUAACCCUGAAAGGAUCCGCAGAGCUUGUGUCUGAAUAUUUACAUUACGGUAUCAACAGUAUUCUUUAUCAGCGAGGUAUAUACCCCCCGGAAACAUUUGAGCCCGCUGACCACUUCGGACUGUCAAUCCUGGUUUCAACAGAUGAAAAAAUCAAGUCUUUUCUCCAAACUGUCCUGGGACAAAUUCGAGAAUGGUUAGUUGAGAAGAAAGUACAAAAGCUAACACUAGUCAUUACCAAUGUGAAUACAAGAGAGGUUCUGGAGAAAUGGGAUUUCAAAGUGGAUUACGAGGGUCCAACGGCCAACGGCACGCAUCCUGAUAAUAAAACUAGUAGUCUCCCACUUGAAAUUGGCACAAAAGAUACAAAAACUAUUCAAAAAGAAAUAAGAGAAGUGAUACGACAGAUCACAGGCACAGUUAGUUUCUUGCCUUUGCUCGAUUGCCUUUGUUCUUUUGAUAUCCUAACGUACACUGUUCCCGAUUGUAAUAUACCCACAGAAUGGGAUGAAACACAGCCAGUAUUCAUAGCUAAUAGUCAGGAGGUCCAACUCAGGACAUUUUCUACGUCGAUUCAUAAGAUGGAAACUGUAGUAAGCUAUAAAAACGAUUAAGAACUCCUAAUCUAAUAUAAAUAAAAAGAAUGCUCCUUCCUCAUAGAACAAUACAUCAUAAUUCAUAUAAUUAGUGAUAUUUUUUUACUGGAUAAUAUUUUUUAUGAUUGAUGUAAGCCGAUUUCUUGUUAAUUAAGAUGAUUAAUGAAUUUUCAAUAAAGUUUUUUUCAUAGA